CGUGGGACUGGGAUUCCGAGUCCGCAGCCGCCUUUUUGCGGAUCCUGACCUCGGCAUCCGCGUCCACAUCCGCAUCCUUGGCAGACAUCCACCGAGCACAGCAUCCGCACUCGAAUCCGCGGCACCAAGUCGUCUGUCUACGAUGAGCACCAGCGAAGGGAGUGGCCACGCCAGUGGGAUCCGGAAUGGCAGUGGACAUGGGAAGGGCGAGGUCGAUGGUAACCUCAGCCUGAUGCAGGACCUGCAGAAUAAGUACGCCUUCCUUGAGAAUUUAUUUAGCAAGUUUUGGAAGUCCAUCAUCAAGUCGAAUUCCAAACUCAAGCUGCAGCUGCGCAAUGUCAAAUGGAAGAAUGCCAAGGCGAAGCCCGGCUGUGCCUACCAGCCAACGGAGAUUGAACAGGUGGCCAAUGUGAUUACUCACGGGAUUUGGAUACUGCCCGCCGUGUUUGCGGCCAUAACGCUGUUCGAACGCUCAUCCAGUGCCAGCCAGUAUUUGGUUUCCUGGGUCUAUGGCGGUGCCCUCUGCAUGCUCUUCACGGUGUCGACCUUCUUCCACUGCUCCUGCUACUGUGCCGAGCACAAACCUCCGAGCAAUGUCAAGGCCUGGCCCUGUCUGGGCUGGCAGACGUACCAGGGUCUGAAGAACGUGCUCCAUCGGUGCGACAGGGCCAUGAUCUAUGUGUUCAUCGCCGGCUCCUACUUCCCCUGGCUCACGCUGGAGAACACCGACCACUCGGCCAUACUCUUCUGCAUGGAGUGGGUCAUCUGGCUGAUGGCGGGCAUAGGCAUUGCCUACCAGCAGCUCUUCCACGAGCGCUACAAGUGCUUGGAGACGUUCUUCUACCUGGUGAUGGGCCUGGGACCGGCCUUGGUGGUGGUCUUUACUGGCCAUCACUUCCACGGGAUGCUGCAGCUAAAGUUCGGCGGCGCCUUCUACAUCCUGGGCAUUGUGUUCUUCAAGGCGGACGGCAUGAUACCCAUGGCCCAUGCCAUUUGGCAUCUCUUUGUGGUGCUGGCCGCCGGCUGUCACUACUAUGCCAUCCUGGUGAACCUGUAUCCCGAUGGCGAGGGAGCCAUCGGUCCGUGAGAACGGAAACGCAUCGAAUUUAGACCUUAGAGUACUUAACGACAGGGAUUCGAUGAUUUUGUCAGCCAUGAUGUGUAUAACGUAUUCCUAUGAUGAACAAGAUGUACCCGAGAUGUCUCUGCUCCACAAUUAGCCAAAUUUUUUUUUUUUUUUGCGAGCGAGUACGAAUAGUUGUAGCCAUUAGCAUUACGAACUAACUAAAUCGAAACGAUUCUUGUGAUCAGUAUCUGCGGUCUUGCCAAAGAUUCAAAUUGUGCGAGUGCUCAUGUCUCCCCAUCUAUCUAUCUUGAUAUUAUUAGCUAUAUAUUACUAUAUGUAUAUAGAUAUAUUGACCAUGUACCAGCUCCCGUUAUGGCCAUGUGUUUCUCAAAAGACUUUGAUCCGUACUCAAAAGGCGAACGACACAAAGAAAGUGAAAUUGUACAAAUAUUCGAAAGUUUACAACCUGAAUUACCACGCCCACCCCGCGCCUUUUGAACAUUAGAAGCCCGCCUAGCCUGCAUUACAUUAUACAUGUUUAUACAGAUUAUACAGAUAUACAAUAUACCAUAUACCAUAUACCAUAUACAGAUCUAGUUAGAAUUAAGGAGCCGAUCCGCGAGUCCAGCCCCAGUGGCCAGUUUCAUCGCUUAGCUCAGGGACUACUCGGUGUGUUCGCAGAUAGUGAAGAUGGUGGCGAUUAUAUAUACGCUUGAUAUUUUGGGGCCUGGCUCGCGAUCGGCGUAUAUUGCUCUCGCGGAAUUCUAGGCAUAUCCAUAGAACUCCGUAGAUGCUUGAAUAAAUGGUCUAUUUCCAAAAAAAAAAA